GGAUCUCUACGCGCUCUCUCGCGCAGCCGAUUGACCAACAUCACACUUUUCCCCAGCAUCUGUACACAUCCCAUGUCCUAUCUCUUACACGGCAGUACUUCGCACACAGGCAUGGGCUGGGUUGAUAAGGUCCCGCGGGCUGGGAAUCUCUACAUCGGCGGGCUGUAUGCGCUCUACCAGACCGACUUGAUCGAUGCAGCCGGUAUCACGCACGUGCUGUCGGUAAUCGACUACGACCCUUUGCUGCAGGAUAAAUUUUCUCAUCUCAAGCACUUUCAUAUCCGAGCGGACGAUCAUCCCAACGAAAACUUACUUCAGUAUCUGCCUGAAGCGGUGGAGUACAUCGAUCGAGCGCUCAACGAGGUUCCGAAGAUCGAGAACAGGAAGGACAUAUCCACGAACGGCAAAGAUGAGAACUCAGGAGGCGUUUUCGUGCAUUGCGCCAUGGGGAAAUCUCGAUCAGCUACACUGGUAGUAGCGUAUCUGAUGUGGAAGUAUCACCUCAGCGCGGGGUCGGCACUUGCCCAACUCUGCGAAGGCAGACCUGUAUGUGACCCGAACCCUGGAUUUAAAGAGCAACUUUUGGUCUGGGAUACAAUGUGUAGAAGCAAGUCGGAAGGAAAAAGCAAAAUGAUAUACAAAGAAUGGGAAAAGACGAGGUUCAAGGGCGAAUAUUGGGAGUGGGAUAAACGAGCAGAACAGCUGAAAUCUAGGCUGUGAUCAACCGUUCAGUUCCCAUUCGUUGCGGCUGUCUCUGCCGCUCUUGCUAUCCAAUAACAACAUCGAUGCCUCGUCAAGCCUUCCAGAGUCGGCACUGAUGCGGUGAAAAAUGCCAUCGAUUUCCAAUGAAGCAUGGUUCCAUGUGUUCGGAACAGGCGGAAGGCGUUUCAACUCUUUACCAGAUCCAGAGAUUAAUGUCGGGCCCAACUCCGCAAACUCUAUUUACGCUGCCAACGCGUCCG